UCGUGAAUUGAAAGAAUCCACUUUUGCUGCUUUUUUGGGCGUUGCCAAUUAAAACUUAGAUUUAAAAGAAUGCAGUUUGUUGAUUUUUGUGUCACCACGGCUUUAGCACGAUGGCACCAAGUAUUUUUCUUCAAGAAUUCAAGCGGUGCUUUAUUGACGGACCCUAAAAGAAGCCAUCGCGCCCGGGCGCCGCUCACAAUCAAAAUUGGAUAAAACAGAGAAGAAAAGUGUGGACAGUGAAGGAGAUGCUUGAGAAAAUCGCUGAACUUGAUCACAAUCGGAGUCAGCUGAAACUUUUAAACUCUGAGAUGAGCCACCUACUCGAUGCAGCAGAUGAUGAGAUGACCUUGCUACGAUCCGAAAAUGAAGGGUUUAGAAGACAAGUGAAAGCGUUGGAGCAGAUUGUCGUAGAUGGUCAGCACGUGGAAGCACAGCCUUGCAGCUCAUCACUGCGGGAUGACCUCGACGUAAAACAGUCCACUGAAAUUACGCUGCAAGUACUGGAGGAGGAAUGCAAUGCGAUGAAGGAACGAAAUAAGAAACUGAUUGCAGAGGUUCAGAUGCUCCAGCAGCAAAGAGAACAGGACAAGAUGAGCUUGAGCGAGUUCAGCGCUGCCCUUAAAAACAUUGAGUUUAGAACAGAAGAAGCUCAGCUAGAACUUCAGCAAAGGGAUGAGGUCAUUCAACAGAGUAAGUUGCAAUUAAAGCAAGCGGAGGAAACAGUAGAGGAGUAUACCAACGUCAUCAAGGAGCUCAGACGGGCAAACCAGGAGCUGCGGAGUCACUUAGAGGACAGAGAGGAUGAGGCCUCGCUAGUCACUCUCAGUAUUUUGAUGGAGGAAAAGAAGGCGUCGCACAUUCCUGGCAUGUCUUUCGCAGAGGAACUCAAGCUCCUAGGCACCCCAAAUGAAAUUAAAAGCACGAUGGCACCCUCCAUGGAUUCCAGUCAAGAGGAAACUGAUGCCACAGAACCAACCAGUGCUCCCGUCCUGUCCCAACAAACAAACAGGUGCACACAAGCCAAGGAACCAUCCACCCAAAAGGUAGUUGUGCUCUGCAUGGCCAUCAUCAUCAUUUUGGUCAUCUUGGCUGCAGGAAAUCAUGCAAGAUAUUUCGACUUUCGUCCAGUCCACAACCUUUGGAGGAGCGUGCACCUGAUUUUACAGCCCUACCUUAGUGUGCACUAUGGAGCCUUACCUCCUGUGUGAUCCAAGCAAUUCUUAUUGUUGUGUACCUUGGAUCGUGUUUUUUGUUUGUUUUUUUUUACACGGGUGGGUUGGUGGAGUGGGGGGAUCCUGGUAUCAUGCAGAUUUAUUCCUUAAAUUGAACACCUGUUGUACAACACCAGGAUGUAAUGCAGAUUUCUUUCCAUAGGAAACAUUUAUUUGCAAUAUGGUUGCAUUUGUUUGUUAUUGUGGUAGUGCAUUGGUGAGAUAUUUCUGCUGCUUUGAAUUCAUAAAAAGAAAAAAAAAUAGUCUGCACACAAACUUGGCCUCAUAUAUUAAUUUGCAUGGUACUAUACAGAAAAGAUGCACUUACCUGUAUCUAUUUUUCAGAUUGGUCAUUCAGUUAGU